CGAGACGAUUCGAAUAGACGGCAAGCUAGAAAGCAUGGCCAAAACGUGCGGAAAGAGGAAGCGACUUGAUCGCGGAGACAAUCAAGUCCACUCAAAAGUUCGGAAAGUCGUGGACAGUUUGAUUGACGCCAAGAAAACCACCGAGACGGCCGGUCAGGAGACGAAGAAGGCCUUCGUAGCGAAACCUGACCCUCUCAAGGUGACCUUUGCGCAAAAGAAGACGUCUCCGAGCGGUUUUGGUAGCGCGUCCAGUCUUCUGCUUGAUGGCGCGGUUGUCCUGUCACCCCGAGACCAGCGGUGGUUCCAGAUCAGGGGCUGGUGGGACCUGCGGCUUGACGCUGUCACGCCGGGAUUGUUUAUCAGCAACAGGUCGUCUGCUGAAGAUCCAUUGUUGCUGGAAUAUCACGGCAUCACGCAGAUCAUUAACAUGGCGGUACAGGAGACCGACUGUCCCGUGAGGGGCGUCCGCUAUCUGCACUUCCCCAUAGAGGACUUCGUCACGGAAGAUAUAACCGGGUACUUGGAGGAAGUGACAAAGUGUAUCAAAGAUGAGGAGGACAGGGGCGGACGGACGCUCGUACACUGCCUAGCGGGGAUCAGUCGAUCUGCGACCGUGUGCCUGGCCUACCUUCUGAAGUACCGCCACAUGUCGCUAGCCGGUGCUUAUAUGUUCCUGAAGCACAGCAGACCAUGCGUGCUGCCCAAUAAAGGAUUCCACAGACAGCUGGAGCUGUUAGAAAGGCGCGAGAGAGGGAGACACGGGGAGGAGGAUGACACGAACGGGUCCUGCUCUCUAGUCAGCAGUCUUCCCGAUCUAGACGACUGGGACUGAUAUCGAUAGCUUUGUAGACCACUCGAUUCAGUUAACGAUUGUCUACAGGUUAGAUCAUAGCCGAUCUAUAAGAGAAAAGUUGAAGCUUUAAUUGUGUGCUGUGUCCAAAACUGGAUUGGAUACUGAGAAUCAGUUCGCACUGCAUCCAUCCUAUAUUCUUCUUGCUCUAGCCCGUUACCCUUGCCGAAUAUUCUGAUGUAUUACUUGGUGAAAAGAUCCGAUGUAUAAAGUGCUGUGUAUCUUUCCGACACUAAGUUCUGUACUGAUGUCCACAAAACUAUAGUCACAGUGCAUGUGAUUUGCAUCAUUUCUAGCUUUA